AGGUGACAUAACAUGCCAUGCACUGGGGAGACACAAAGACACUCUCUUUAAGUCAGACUUUUGUCAUCAAAUGCUGAGGUGUUGGAUCCAACCGGAGUUCUCCACAAGAGUUAAGUGUCCAGUGUCAUGAAACUUAAUCCACGCCAGGCCCCGUUGUAUGGCAGUUGUGUGCUCACCGUUCAGCUCAGCGAUGAUGAGCUGUGCGAGAGAGAGGAUGUGGAGUUUUUCCUGCUCUUCACCGGCUCUACUCAGAGACACGUGAGCAGCACACUGAAGAUCAGCCAUGACACCCUACAGCUGGUGUGUCCAGCUCAUGACCACAGUGAGUCCGUGGUGGUCACUCUGUGUUCUGUGGGUCCAGAUGGUCUCGUUCAUCACUUAUCCUCAGAGCAGAUGUGUUUUGUCCAGGACUUGGCCUUGGACAUGGCCCAGUUCCUGGUAAGUGCCGUGGGCCAGGACGAAGGGACGGAGUGCGCACUGCUGCUGAAUGAGUGUCACAUCCCUCUGCAGGAGUGUGAGAAAAUGGACCAGAGCCUGGCACUCGCCUUCAAACACCUCGCAUUGCCUCCUGACUGGAGUCUUUUGGGGGACAAUCACGAUCUGGAGCCUCAGGAGACUCUUCUGCACUUUGCGGCUCGUCGUGGGCUCCAGCAAGUGGCGUCUUUCUUUCUGCAGCAGCCCGGAGCGAGACAGGCAUUGGCACUUCCCAACAGAGAAGGCGCGACCCCGGCUACCCUGGCACAGAGUUGUGGACACAGUGCAUUGCUAGAGCUACUCACACAGGAGGAGAAAGGCACUCAGGAUAGCAUCAAGACACAUAGACGACUCUGCUGUGGUGCGUCUGUGGUGCAGCACCACCCGGAUCUGAACACCUACACCCUGUCAGCAGUCAACGAGCCUGGCACGACGCCACACACCCUGCAGGCCUAUGUGCAAGACUUGCGCCAUGUAAUUCUACAAAACACAAACCAGGUUGAGCUGCCACACAUUGCCCAAGAACGUCCAGAUGACCCAGAGGCCUGUUUUGAGCACUCACAGGAUAACUCCGUCAACACCACAGAGGAAAAGUCAGUGCCUGUGUGUGAGAAAAGAAACAAAAACAAGCAUCCAGGUCCACUGCCGUGCAUAGAAGCUAAAGGAGACUGUUGCGCCACAGCUCCUGCGUCUCCCACUGGCAACAGUGACGAGGAACGGGCGUGUCCUUGUGAAAACAUCAACCGUGAUUAUGGAGCUCAAGCAGAGAGCGUAGCUGCUGGCAUACUAGGAGAUAGCAGUGACAGCUUACAGAAGAGCUCUGAGGGAGAAAGUGCAGCCCCAUCCUGUGGAAACCAGCGAGAGAAAACUGAUAGAGCUGAGGACCUGAUUUCCGAGGAAGAGCAGAGUGCCGAGGGGCCUGAAAGGGAGGUCCAGGAAGGCUUGGUGAGAGCAGAUGAAGACCAGUGUUUGGAGCUAUCAGAAUCAGUAGCAGGAGGAGAUAUGGGAAUCGUUCAAUCUGCAGACACACCUGAAAGUUCUGACGUGGAAUCUUGUUCCCAGGGAGAAGAAAGCUGUGAUGAGAGUGAGGUAGGGAGUGGAAACAGCAGCUCUUUGGAGCAGGAGGAGAUGGAGACGGCGGGGAUAAACGAGGACUCAGCAACGGAUCAGUCAAGAAACGACGAGCAAGAAUCAAACAAGGCUGAUUUGCAGUCUGCAAGCCCAUUUCUUUCAGCAGAUAUGAUCCAUCCCGCGGAUGACAAGCAUGAAAUAAAUGCCAGUCACACAAGUGACAGUUAUGACCUCCAACCCAAAGAACAAGAUGAAACUGCAAGAGACAAUACUCACACGCAGGAAGAAGAUACCCUUGAUAUUUCCCGUCAUGACUCCAAAGCAGAAAGUAGUCACGAACAGUUUGAUACAACGUGCCAUCACAGAGAGGAAUCUGACAGUGCUCCAGAGGAAAGAUGUCAAAAGAACGAUACGGUUGGAGAACCUCAGAUGCUUUUAGAUGCAGAAACUAAUCUGUGCAUUUCCGGAUUUGAACCCGAUAAUGCAUCUUCUGUGAUACUUGAUAUUAUUUCCCAGAACACUUACCUUUCUCACUUACCUGAGCCAGAACCUGAAGCAGCCACUGGGGAGCAAAACUCAACAGUCAUAACUGAAACAACAGCAGGAAGUGAGAACAAAGGACAGACUUUAGAAUGCAGCAUUGACGUCUCCCCUUCUGCACUUGACUCACAGCCUGAAUCUUCCACACCAUCCAGGGAGGACACUUUAGAACCUGAGGAAAUGGAGCAGGCUUCCGCAAACAUGGUACAGAAAGUUUCUUCCAGUGACCUGCAGGAAGUCUCUCAGCAGAACAGCCUCACGCAGGCCUCAGAAGUGACAGAAGACAGAGAGGACAGGAUUUCUUUAGAGAACGAUAACCGGACAGAAGAAAUAACAUUAAACAAUGGAGAUGGACAACCAGAAACAUGUGACGUUUUUUCUCUAAAGAAUAGUCAAGUUCCUGAUCAAGGAGUCAGAGCUGCUUCUCCAAACGCUCUAGUUUCAGAAGAAACUGUGGAAUUGAGAGCUCCUGAAGACAGACUCGUAAUUAUCGAGGAAGAAGUCCAGCCUUAUUUGGACCACAGUGAGGCCGUGCUUUGUAAUUUCUCCACCACAAACCCAGCUGAUAUUGUAGACGGUUCACUCUCACUUGAUGAGCAGUCAAGACUCGGAAGUCAGGAUAGCACUAAACCUGAAGAAGUGGACACAAAUUCUGCGGUUACAGAGUUGACUGAGGUGAAAGAAACACCGGAAACUGAACAUGAAAAGGACGUCGAUGGAGACAUCAAAACUAACCAGGAAGAGUUUGAUGUCUCCGUGGACAAUCAGGUGGACUCGCAACCAGAGACGUGUCUCAGUGGUGUAAACACACACAUUGAUGUAUCUAUGAUUCACAGAGAGGGGCACUCACUAUGCCUUGACAACUCCACACACAGCAGGCCUCUAGAGAAGAGAUACAGCUCUGCGUCCACAGAGAGUCCCCAGUCUCCAGCUCGACACAGCACAGGCAGCACAACCCUCCAAGACUCCAGCAGCGACACAGAUGGCGUCAUCAGCACUGAUACAGGAGACGACAACGUCUUCAGAAAGGGUCAGGAGGUUCUAGGUGUGAGCGACAGUGCCAGCGAGGUGUCCGUCUCCUGCUCGUCCACAGACGACACGACCAGCCUGUGCCAGCCUAGUUCCUCUACUGAGAGCUCUGAGGAAGUGCGGCGCCAAGGAGCAGCCGCAGGAGGAGGAGACGCCGAGGAGGAGGCCAAAGACCGCGUGACUGAAGUGCCACUGCGCUCAUCUCUGUUCCGCUCCUCCGUCCGCUCACAGUCUCCAUUCCGCCGUCACAGCUGGGGGCCCGGCAAAAACCAGGCUGGAGAGGGAGACAUGAAUCAGCGCAGUUCAUUACGAAGUACCGGGGACCAAAAGCCCAUCCUUCAUAGAAGAAGUCUUAGCUGGUGUCCCAUUGAGAUCCCCUUCAGUUCUGACCUGGAUGAGAUUAGCCAGCUUCUCAGUUACAGCCUCGAGGGUUUGGCAGCAGAGAGGGAUGAUGGGAAACGGUGGCAGGCACAGGCAGCACGCUCCUCUCAGGACCAGCCGAGCGAAGACACAGGUUCCCAGGUGUCCCUCACUGAGGAAGGGCAGGACUCGGACCUGGGAGACAGCAGCAGUCUGGACAGUCAGAAAUCGAGAAGAUUUCGGCCAUUCAGGCGCAGCUGUCAGUCGAUGACUCUUCCCCUCCGAGAGAGCGUCUCCAUGCUGUCCAUCAGUCAGAGGGAUAUUGACGCGAUGAGGUCCUGGGGUAACACUUCAAAUUCUGUGGCCUACAGUAUCACAGAAGAGGAGCCUGGUCCUUUAAGAGGGGCUUUUGAACUAAAAAGUGAGAACAAAGUGAGCCGCACGUUCAGUUACCUGAAGAGUAAAAUGUACAAGAAGUCGAGGGAAAAAGACAAAGAGAAGAACCGGGAAAAAGAUAGAGAAAAGGAAAAGAAGGCUGUGAACGGGCAUUUGUUCAGCUCUGUGAGCUUGGGCCAUGCAGCUUUUUGCCAGCACUGUAACAAAACCCUCAACAUUAAAGACGCUGUCAGUUGUACGGCUUGCAGUGUUUGUGUUCAUAAGAGCUGCCGGGAAAGCAUUCCUGUGUGUACCAAAGGAAAGUUUCCAAAACAGCCCCAGCUUGUCAUCCCAGAGUCGACCACUAUGCCUGGAGUCACUUUAAGAGUAAAGACCUCUGCCCCACGGGAAAGACCCUGGUCAGCCAUUUUGUCUCCAGACGACCACCUCUCUGUGGUGAAUGCUCCCCGUAGACACACAAGCAUCAUGCCUUUCAACAGCAGCAACCUUUCCAAAAGCAUGUCCAUCAGCAACAUUGCAGUAUUUGAUGAAAUGCCAUUAAAGAGUCUGAGAUAUUUAUCCCAAUCCACCGACAAUUUGCACAAAGCCAACAAGGUCAACGAGUCCACCGAGUCUCUGAUAGAUGAAGGAACGGAGAUUGAUGGGCAGCUGAUGGGAGAGUUCGAGGCGGAUGCUAAGGAGUUAGAGGCCGACUCGUGGAGCUUUACAGCAGAUAAGAAAUACCUGAAGCAACUGAAAAAGGAUGUCAUCAAGCAGCAAGAUGUCAUUUAUGAGCUGAUUCAGACAGAGAUGCACCAUGUACGUACACUGCGGAUCAUGGCAGAUGUGUACAGCAAAGGGCUGCUAAAAGAGGUGCAGCUGGAAGCCCAGACAGUGGACAGAGUGUUCCCUGUGCUAGACGACCUACUGGAGAUGCACACACACUUCUUCAGCAGCCUGCUCGAGAGGAGGAGAGAGGCCAAGCAGGAGGGUAAAGCUGGAGCCUUCGUCAUCAGCAGGAUUGGGGAUAUCCUGGUCAACCAGUUUUCAGGCUCGAAUGCUGAAAGCAUGAAGAAAGUUUAUGGGAAGUUCUGCAGCCGUCACAACGAAGCAGUGAACUUGUACAAGGAACUACACAGCAAAGACAAGCGCUUCCAGACUUUUAUCAGGAAAAAGAUGAGCAGCAGUAUUGUUCGUCGACUGGGGAUCCCUGAGUGCAUAUUACUCGUCACUCAGCGAUUAACAAAGUACCCAGUCCUACUGCAGAGGAUCCUGCAGCACACUAAAGAGAACGAAGAGGACUAUGAGGACCUCACACAGGCUCUGCAAUUUAUCAAAGAGUUAAUAGCUGCUGUGGACAACAAGGUGAACGAGCACGAGAAGAAGAAGAAGCUAGAGGAGAUCUAUAACCGGACAGACGGUAGGACCAUCACACGCAUGAAGAGCGGACAGAUAUUUGCCCGAGAAGAUCUGAAACGAGGAAGGAAGCUCCUUCAUGAUGGGCCGCUCCAGCUGAAAACCAUAGCAGGAAGGCUGAAGGAUGUUCAAGCCUUGCUUCUUUCUGACGUCUUAAUAUUCCUGCAAGAGAAGGACCAGAAAUAUGUCUUCGCUUCUCUAGACCAACGUGCCACAGUUAUCCCUCUACAGAAGCUAAUCGUCAGAGAGGUGGCUAACGAAGACCGGGGCUUCUUUAUCAUUGCGGCAGGCAUCAAGCAGCCAGAAAUGGUGGAAGUUCAUGCCACAUCAAGAGACGAGCGCAACACGUGGAUGCAGCUCAUCCAGAACGCUAUGCAGUCUAGAGAAAAGGACGAUGAUGAAGGCAUCCCAAGUGAGACGGAGGAAGAUAAAAAGUUGCUGGAGUCCAAAGCGAAAGAGAUGAGAGCCAUACUUCAGAGGAAAGAUGAGCAGAUCCUGGCUCUCCUGAACGAGAAGAUAAAGCUCUUCCAUGACAUGUGUGGCUCUGGAUCGCGUGAAGACACGGCUUCGGCCAUCAGGAUGCUGUUCAGGGCCUGCACUGAUGACAUGCCCAAGGGAGAGAAUAUUAUGAAGGAAGCAAUUAGAGAAGUGGAGAUGUUGCAGACACUGGUCCACAGUGGUCUGGGAGGAGCCGUGAGCCAGCAGGGUGCCAGUGAUCCCGGAAACACAGCUUCGGUGCUUCUGCCUCGCAGAUCCGAGACCUUUGGAGGCUUCGACAGCCACCAGAUGAACAGCUCCAAACAUGGAGAUAAAGAGGAGGUCGAGGACCUGAGGAGGACAGAGUCAGACAGCGUUCUCAAAAAGGGGGGAAACACCAACCUGCUGCUCGUGCUGAAGAGGAACAGAGAGCAGGUCCUGAGCAGUGUUACACAUCUCCAUGAUCUCCUCAGUUCACUGCAGGCUUUGGUGGUUCAGCAAGACACCUUCCUGGAGGAACAGCGCCAGACUCUAAGUGAGCGUCCAUCCUCACGUCCCCUCUCUCGGCCUCCGUCUCUAGUAGAGCAGGAGAAGCAGCGCAGUGUGGAGCGCCAGCGACAGGAAGCAGCCGCUCAUGCAGAAGAGAGGAAGCGCAGGGAGAAGGAGUGGGAGGUACGAGAUAAAGAACUGAGCAACCGAGAGCAGCUCCUCAACAGCAAAGAGGAGGAGGCACAGAGGAGGCGCACAGAGUUGGAGGAGGCUCGGCAGGAGCUGCAGAGCAGGAAAGAAGACUACCAGAAAGACCUGGAAAGACUGAGGGAUGCACAGAGGAAGCUGGAAAGAGAGAGGGAGCAGAUGCAGAGAGAGAUGGAGAUGCUGGAGCAGCUCAGGGAGACGGAGAAGAGGGUGAGCAGGACUUUCUCGAGCACAUCAGAGGACUCGUUAACCAUUCAGAGCUGCAGCUCUGUGGAGCAAGAGACAAAGCAGGAGAAGGACGAAGGCGAACAGUCCGCCAUCCCCAGAAAGAAUUCUCUCUCCAGAAUGGACUCCAAACAGAAAGGCCGAAACCUCAACACCUUCAAUCCUUUCGCUCCUAAAGCCGUGAGCGCAGAGGGCCAGAAACAGAUCCCCAACCGCCUCCUCCAGCUCACCAAGCCAAAAGAGAAGAAAGACAAGAAGAAGAAGAAAAACAAGAGCAAGCCCACUCAGGAAGCAGAAUCCCAUCUGCUGCCACUGACAGAGCCUCCGCUGGAUGGAGAGAUUUUCUUCUGCUGAUUUGGCCUUCGCUACCAAUCAACUCAUAACUCCCUCGUUCUCUAAGCUAUCUGCACCGGCUGAAUGUAACUCAGUGCAGGAUGCCUGCCAAAGUGCCCGCGCUGCGUCCCUGGCACGCUCUGCCAUGCUAAUUGGGCUGAAUUCGCCCUGAAAUAUUUCCAUGUCCUGCAUAUGUGGUGCCGUACAUGUGGGACAUGUUUCUGUAUGUGCAAUUCACAGCGUGACACUCACCUCUGAGUGUUACACACUCAAACAGACUAUAUCUGUCUGACCUCGAUAUGCCUAACGCCCCAGAAAUCUUCUUCUUUUUUUAUUUUUUUUUAUACUGGAAGGCAAAACAUAAGAAGGGUUUUAAAAAAAUAUCUUCCUUUUAUUAUCCACCAUAAUGUUGAUGAAACAUGGUUCUACAAUUAUUUGAGAACUUGUCUCUGCGAUUUUAAUUCUAUCAGGCACUUUAUAGACCUCCACGAAUACAGCGACAAUCAUCGGAGACAAUAUUGGCCCAAGACAGUCGAUUAGAGAGAUCCCUUAUACAGUGGGUAUCAUGAAAUAUUUUAUGCAUACAUUAUGACGUAUCACAAUUUGUGAUUCUAAAUACUGUGGACAUCCUGCUAGUAUUCUAGAUGUAUUUCUAGAAAAAAAAAAGGCUAAAAAGAGUAAAACUGUAAAUAUUGUAGAAAACAUAGAAAUAAAAUGACCUGCUGGACAGGGAGUGUGUGUGUGUGUGUGUGUGUGUGUGUGUGUGUGUGUGUGUGUGUGUGUGUGUGUGUGUGCACAGAAAA